UAACCAAGGCAAUGACGCUAUUCACCGUUACCAAGGCAUUCUGAAGGCAAACACUAGCUAGCUGGAUAGCUAAGCUAGCCAAUCUGCCGGAUAAUCUUAUAGCUUUGAUAUAACCCCCAUUAACCCCUUCACCGAGUUGAAAUAUAUGUCUAAUAUAGUUUACUAGAAACUUAGAAUCCAGCAUAUUACUAUUACCUUCUCGUGUGUUCGCUACGUGGCCUAAAUUAGAGGCCACCCAAUUUUCUUUUGGAUCAUAUCAGUCUACAAGCUAGCUAACUUAGUAACGUUGACGUUAGCUGCACAGCCACCAUGGCUGAAUUUGAGUUUAAUGAACACCAUCAGAAUGAAGUCAUCAAUUACAUGCGAUUUGCACGUUCAAAGAUGGUCCUGAGACUAAAGACUAUUGACUCAUGCUUUGAAGAACUCAAAGAUAGCAGGCUGGUGGAGGAAACCUUCACAGUGGACGAAGUGAAGGAGAUGCUGGACGGGCUGCAGGCCGUGGUGCGUGGGGAGGUGGAGAUGGAGCUGAUCAACACAGCCCACACCAAUGUGCUGCUGCUCAGGCAACUCUUCUCUCAGGCUGAGAAGUUUUACCUUCGACUGCAGAGUGAUAUCUCAGAGCUGGAGAACAGGGAGCUGUUAGAACAAGUGGCUGAAUUUGAGAAGACUGACUUUAAAACUGCUAAGAUAAACCAGGAAACAAGCAAACCCAAGCUACUAGCACCACUGAAUGAAGGUGGGGUGGCUGAACUUCUUAACAAGGAGAUAGCGAGACUACAAGAGGAAAAUGAUAAACUGAAGUCCAGGCUGCGGACUUUAGAAUCCCAGGCAAUGAGUGCACUGGAUGAGAGAACCAAGGCAGAAAGAGCUCUGAAAGACCUUCAGAAGGUGCAAGGUGAACACCAGCUGGCUGCUCAUUCCCAGGAGCUCAGCAGUCUGGAGGACACAGUGGCAGCUCUGAGGGAGGACUAUGAAAGGUCUCUUAGUGCCAAAUCUGCCUCUCAGAAGGAUCUGCAGGAGAACCUGAUCUCCGCCAAACAUGAGCUUUUGCGAGUGCAGGAGCAGCUGUUGUUGGCAGAGAAGGAGUUGGACAAGAAGUUCCAGCAAACUGCAGCCUAUCGCAACAUGAAGGAGAUCCUGACCAAGAAAAAUGAGCAGAUCAAAGAAAUUAGAAAACGAUUGCAGAGAUAUGAGCCCAAUGAAUGAGUGCUACCCAAGACAGCUGGUGUCCAGAGUGUAGGACAUGACCAAAAUGUAUGAGUGUGGUUUGGACAAGAAACCAGUUCCACUGCUCUGAGACAAGAGAGACAGAAACAAGCGCUUCCGCAAGGAAUUGUUUAUUCAUGGGUUAUCUGGCAUCUUCAGAAGUUAUUGGCUUUAGUGAAGAGUGUGAGCGGGGAUGUCGGCAGUACACACAACUGAUCACACAAAACACCUAGUGACAAAUUAUAGCCUUCUUCAGCUGUGUUUUUUUCUAUGUUUCAGUUUUGGAGCUCACUUACAGUUGCUAGCAUACUUCCCUCAGUGCUCUAUGCAAUUAUUAUCAUGUCCCUGUUUGAAGAGGCCUUGUCCAUUUGCUGAAUUGGACAGAUUCGCACUGUCUGCCUGAAGCGUUAUAUAUGUUAUAGGUGAUAUUUAGCUUUCUAGCACGAGGCCGAGCUGAGUUAGACCAUAGCAGAUCCCAAGCCAGUUUGUUUAUUAAUAGUGAACAGCUUUAGUAAUGUUUCCUGGCCUUCUGAGGUUAAUCCUGCUUUAAUUUGUUACCUAAAGAUUUAAUAGGAUUUCACACAGAAAUGUUUCCAAUGAUCUGACAUUCUGUGAAAGUCUGAUCAUCGAAAAUAUACCAAAAUGGCUGAAUUGAUUUUUUUCUGCUCUUGCAUAUUGAAUGAUGUGGAUAGUGAUCUAGAAUGAUUUCCCUACUUCCCUACUUCCUUACACAAAGGGCAUAGAAUAUUUUUGUCUGGAAUCUUUAACUGUGUACUUUUCGUAUUGCUGUGGGUGAUGGAGUUUAAGAGGAAAAAAACUAAAUGAAUAUAUACAUGAUGUUCAUGAAGUAAUGCUCUUGUAGAGUAUGAUACAUCUACCCUAUGAUACACUAGAUGUGCAUUUGUUUGUAUUGUGCAAAGUAUGGGGUAAUAAAAGCUGUUGAAAAGUAAA